UCGGACGCAAUAACAAACAGCAAGGUAGUGCUCAAAAAUGUGGAUUCAUUUAGUGUUGAUUGUCGUAUCGCUGGCCAUUUACUGGCUGCGCAAUCGGUAUUCCUAUUGGCAGAAACGUGGGGUUCCUUUUCUGCAGGCAUAUUUUCCCUUCGGUAACCUGCAGGGAGUCUUCGGACAGCAUUUGAGUGUGCUUGCGCAACGUUCCUACCAACAGCUAAAAAGUCCUGGACGAAAGCUGGGUGGAAUUUAUUUCUUCAUCAAUCCGGUUGCGAUAGCGCUAGAUCUAGAAUUCGUGAAGGACGUUUUCAUUAGGGAUUUUCAGUACUUUCACGAUCGUGGAUUAUAUUACAAUGAAAAGGAUGACCCGCUGACGGCACAUUUGCUUACCCUGGAGGGCAACAAGUGGAAAGCGUUGAGGAAUAAACUUACUCCGACAUUCACAUCAGGAAAAAUGAAGAUGAUGUUCCCCGUGAUUAAAGCGGUUGCUGAGCGUUUCCAGCAAUCGCUAGGGGCGGUGGUUGCCACGGGACAGGAUAUUGAGAUAAAAGAUUUUUUGGCCCGAUAUACGACGGACGUCAUCGGAACCUGUGCAUUUGGAUUGGAGUGUAACAGUUUGGCAGAUCCGAAAGCGAAAUUUCGUGAAAUGGGCCGGCUCAUUUUCCGACAAAGCCCGAUACUUUUGAUGAAAAUUUUGUUUGGAUUAAUGUUCAGAGAUUUGGCUAGAAGAAUGCACAUGCGCGUCUUCAGGAAGGACGUUAGUGAUUUUUUCAUGAAAGCGGUUAGGGAUACCGUUGAGCAUAGAGAGAAGAAUAAAGUGGUGAGAAACGAUUUUAUGGAUCUGUUAAUCAAGCUCAAAAAUGCAGAACCCGUCGAAGAAGAAAACACGAAUCAGUUGGGUCAGCUAACAUUUAAUGAAAUAGCAGCGCAAGCAUUUGUAUUCUUCGUCGCAGGUUUUGAAACAUCGUCCACUGUAAUGACAUUCUGUUUAUACGAGUUGGCACGAAAUCAGGAACUGCAGGAUAAGGCAAGACAAAAUGUGUUGGAUACUGUCAAGCAGCAUGGAUCCAUAACCUAUGAGGCUAUUUAUGACAUGAAAUAUGUUGAAAAUUGUAUCAACGAAACACUUCGUAUGUGUCCACCAAUCGUAAACAUUUUCCGUAGCGUCAGCAAUAACUACAAGGUACCCGAAACUGAAAUAGUACUGGAAAAGGGGUGCCGCGUAAUGGUUCCUGUUUACGCGAUCCAUCAUGAUGCCGAGUAUUUCCCGGAUCCGGAAACGUACAAUCCGGAUCGGUUUAAUCCAGAUCAGGUCGCGCAACGACAUCACAUGGCAUUCAUACCGUUCGGUGAUGGACCCCGCAGCUGCAUCGGAUUGCGGUUCGGGAUGUUGCAAACCCGGUUAGGUAUUGCACAUUUGUUACAAAAAUUCCGAAUCAAACUAGCUCCCCGCACGAUCGUACCGCUGACGAUUGAUCCGGCCAAUUUGAUAAUAUCUCCAAAAGGUGGGAUGUGGUUGCAGUUUGAGAAGUUGUAAACGGCAGAGAAUAGACCAAUAGAGUACAUGAGAGUGUAUUAGGUUGAAGGUGUACAUCACGAGAUUUUAAAUCUUCUGAACGGGUUUGCACAGGUAAAUAAACAUUUUUACUAUUUUAAAUCUUUAAAAAAAUAUGUAUAUACCUCGCUUAAAAAUAUACGAGCGAACGAAGCGCAUUACAAAU